GAGUUGUAGUUCUGACCCCUUCCCGAACUCUGUGGCCGGGCGGCGGCUCCGAAAUCCGAGGCGGUCCACCACCUUUGGCUAGAAGGAUGGAUCCGGGGCCUGACGCGGUGCCUCUGGCUGGCCUGGCCUGGUCGUCGGCCUCGGCGCCCCCGCCGCGGGGAUUCAGCGCGAUCUCCUGCACCGUGGAGGGGGCGCCCGCCAGCUUCGGCAAGAGCUUCGCGCAGAAAUCUGGCUACUUCCUGUGCCUCAGUACCCUGGGCGGUCUGGAGAAUCCGCAGGAGAACGUGGUGGCCGAUAUCCAAGUCCUGGUGGACAAGAGCCCCCUCCCGCCGGGCUUCUCCCCGGUCUGCGACCCCCUGGACUCCAAGGCCUCUGUGUCUAAGAAGAAGCGCAUGUGUAUGAAGUUGGUGCCCCUGGGAGCUGCGGACACAGCUGUGUUUGAUAUCCGGCUGAGCGGGAAGACCAAGACGGUGCCUGGAUACCUUCGAAUAGGGGACAUGGGUGGCUUUGCCAUCUGGUGCAAGAAGGCAAAGGCCCCUCGGCCAGUGCCCAAGCCCCGAGCUCUCAGCCGGGACAUGCAGGGCCUGUCCUUGGACCAACCCAGCCAGCCCAGCAAGGGCGGCUUCCCAGAGGGGACAUUGUCGAGACUGGGUUCCAGGGCCUCCACCCUGCGGAGGAGUGACUCCAUCUACGAGGCCUCCAACCUCUAUGGCAUCUCAGCCAUGGACGGGGUUCCCUUCACGCUGCACCCCCGAUUCGAAGGCAAGAGCUGCGGCCCUCUGGCCUUCUCUGCCUUUGCUGAUCUGACCAUCAAGUCGCUGGCAGACAUUGAGGAGGAGUACAACUACGGCUUCGUGGUGGAGAAAACAGCAGCUGCACGCCUGCCCCCCAGCGUGUCAUAGCCCCUUCCUGUUCCAGGGAAGAGGCCCCUGCCCCACACCCCCAGGACUGGCAGCUGCCCCACCCUAGCUCAUGUUGGGGACCUUGGCAGCACAGGCCAUUCUGGACCCUCAGCCCCAUGGGGAGCGCUAGCCCGAUGGGGGUGGACCUGGCUGCUGGAUGGGGUCUCCUGCCCCAGGCCCCGUAGGGCAGAGGUGGGGCUCGAUGGAAACUGGUGCCUUCACGUCAUUUGUGUCAAGACUCUCUGGUGCCCGGAGGCCACAGGCUGUCUGUCCUCUGGGCAAUAAACACUAUGCCGCCUGCCGCCUGGAGUCCUGAUCCUGGCCCUGAGCGUGGCUCGUGGUCUUCACCGUGUGCCAGCCGGACAGCCGUGACCCCGCAAGCGGGGAAAUCCGGGGAGGUGGCCCCGCUGCUCCUCCUGUUCCGCAGAUGGAAACUGAGGCCCAGGAGUCUAGGUCACGAGGAAGACCCAGUCCUGCUCCUCUGUCCUUGCGCACAGUAAUGUCGUGGUAACAGCUGCCAUGUAUCUCGGGGACCACUUCGCAAGGCCUUAGACAGGUGUCUCAUUUAAUCCCGUCACAGCCGGUGGGAAGCCCCUGUGCUGUCACCAUUUUACAGAUGGUGACACUGAGGCAGCGGACAGCUCUGAUCACAGCUGGGCUUAGACCCAGAGCCUGCUCUCCACCAGAAAGCUGUCUGCGCAUCCUUUUCCCUCCGCUGAGCUAUGGCUACAAUGGUCGACCCUCACUAUUCGCAGUCAUUCCAUUUUAUACUAAAGUUGCGGAGAAAA